CUCGACUGUGCUUUCCCGCCAUUUGCUAUGCCAUCAUUGCUAUUACCUGUCUAUUGCUUCCCGUCCAUGGUUCAACGCAGCUGGCUUGGACACUUCACACAAACUCUUGGCACUUACCGAGCGAGCUCUCACCUGGCUACCCGCUCGCUCACACCAGGCACCAUUGAGACACUGCAGCCUGCACACUCUCCACAAACCGCACCCAAAGGCAGCCUUGCCACCAGAUAUCUUGACCUCCCAUCCACGCGCUAUACCAACUCUCGCCGCGACCAUUCCCGUACCUUCCUCCAACAUUUAUCAACGGCCGGCAGCUCCCCGCACCCCUCUCCAUCACCAUGGCCGAUGUCAAGAUGUCCGACGCUCCCGUAGCACCCAAGACGAAGUCGUCCAAAGCCGCCGCGGGCGCAGAUAGUGACAAGAAGCGCUUCGAAGUGAAGAAGUGGAAUGCAGUAGCUCUCUGGGCCUGGGACAUUGUCGUCGACAACUGUGCCAUUUGCCGCAACCACAUCAUGGACCUCUGCAUUGAAUGCCAGGCCAACCAAGCAUCAGCAACGAGCGAGGAGUGCACGGUCGCAUGGGGUAUUUGCAAUCACGCAUUCCACUUCCAUUGCAUCUCGCGAUGGCUCAAGACACGCCAAGUGUGCCCGCUCGACAACCGCGACUGGGAAUUCCAAAAGUACGGCCGAUAG